GCAAAUAUACAUAAAAACAACUAGUGUUCUUUUUUUUUUCUUUGUACUUGUAAGGUGACUCAAGACUCCCAAAGCUAUGGCGGAGAAGGUGGUAGUGAUGAUGAAAUUGACAGUGGAUCUAAACUGUCCCAAAUGCUACAAAAAGGCUAAGAAAGCUCUCUCCAAAUUCCCUCAGAUAACAAACGAAUUGUUUGAUGAGAAGUCGAACGCGAUCCUCAUCAAAGUGGUUUGUUACGAGCCUCUUAGGCUAAUGAACAAACUACGCUCCAAAGGAGAUGGUUCUAUCAAGUCCAUUGUCAUCCUCGAGCCACCCAAACCGCCUCAGCCUAAGGCACCAACUCCAGCACCAGCUCCUGAACCAGCCCCAGCCCCAGCUCUAGCACUAGCCCCAGCUCCAGCACCAGCCCCAGCUCCGGCUCGGGCUCCGACUCCGGCUUUUGCAUUUCAACCGAUGUGGCAGCCUUACCAUUGUGGGCCGUAUUACGAGGCCCAACAGACCCAAUGUUACGGAAGGCCCGUUUACGAGAGCUGGGGAGGUGGGCAACAAUGUUGCCACGAAUACACGAACCCUCAAGGAUGCUCCAUCAUGUGACUUGUGAAACACUGAACCAACCUGAUCUUCUAGUCUUCUACUCAUAUAUAUACACUAUAGUACAUACCAGCAUAGUUAUAAUUAUACGAAGUUGUUUUUUUGUGUUUUCUUCGUCUUACCAGUACGUAUUUCUAUUUUGAGACAUCCUUUAUACGUCGUUUUGGUUAGAACCUAUGAAUACAACUUUUAUUUUCUCUUCUUUUA